AUGCUGGAUAUAUUGUUAUCUUUCACUACUGAUAAUCCUUUUUCAGGUAAGCCAAAUCCAGAUGUGCAAUGGCUGGACACAAAUGGUAAACCAAUUACGACAAAAUCUGAUCGUUUCAAGGUAACAACAGUUGACGGAUUAACAACACUUGCAAUAUUGGGAGUGGAUAAUGAUGUGCAAGGCAAGUACCUGUUCAAAGUUAAAAAUGAACUGGGUGAAGCAAAAUGUGAAAUUCCUGUUGAGAUUCUGGAAUAUCCAACUGCACCAAGUCAGCCAAUACUUGAAAAACUGAAAUUCAAUUCGGUGAGCUUAAAAUGGACUUCAAUACCAGAAGCUGUUAAUAGAAAUGUACAAUACAUCAUUGAAAUGAAAAAGGAAGGAGAAAAAUGGAUAAAAGUAACCGAAAGCGCUAAAUUGAAUGUAACAGUGAAAGAACUUGAGCCUGGUAACACGUAUCGGUUCCGAAUACGUGCUAGUAUUGCAGAUAUUAUAAGUGAACCAUCGGAAGAAAGUGAAUCGUUUUUGGUUGAAUAUGGGAAAUUAGAAAAAGAGGAGGAUAAGAAAAAGACAAAAGAAGAAGAAGAAGAGGAAGAAAAAAUUAAUUACGAUGAAUUUGUUAUUGGUGUAAAGCCAUCGGAAUAUCGUGAUAUUGAUGUGCUACAACUUCCUAGUGAUUUUGAAUCAAAGUACAUACUAUGUGAAAAGAUCGGUGUAGGAGCUUAUGGUACUGUUUACCGAGCAAUCGAACGAGCAACCGGUAAAAAUUGGGCAGCGAAAAUGAUCAAGAUAUCGGCUGAUAUGAAGAAGGAAGUGAUAAUGCAUGAAGUUAAGAUGAUGAAUGAACUCCAUCACGAGAAACUUCUCAAUCUUCAUGAAGUAUUUGAUUUGGGCAAUGAAAUGUGUUUAAUCGAAGAAUUCAUAUCUGGUGGUGAUCUUCACGAUAAAAUAAUCGAUGAUAAUGCAUUAAUGUCAGAAGAUGAAGCACGCACUUUCAUUCGGCAAAUUCUCCAAGGUGUGCAAUAUAUGCAUAAUAAGAAUAUCGUGCACCUCGAUUUAAAGCCUGAAAACAUAAUGUUCACUUCAAAUGAGAGCAACGAUAUUAAAAUUAUUGAUUUCGGUUUGGCACAGAAACUGGACCCUAAUAAAAGUACAACAUUAUUAUUCUGUACGGCGGAAUUCUGCUCUCCGGAAAUAAUUAAUAUGGAACCGGUUGGCUUGAGUGCUGAUAUGUGGGCUGUUGGUGUGAUUACUUAUUCGCUACUAUCUGGGGUAUCACCGUUUGCCGGAACAACAAAUCAGGAAACGAUGGCUAAUGUAUUAUUGUGUGAUUGGCAGUUUAGCGAUGUGGUUUGGAAAAAUGUUUCCGAUGUUGCUAAAGAUUUUAUUGCUAAAUUGAUCGUCAAAAACAAAGGAAAGCGUAUGACAGUGGCCGAAGCACUUGCACAUCCAUGGAUAACAAUGAAAGAGUUAACAGAGAGACGUGGAAAAAUUCUCUUGGCCCAAAAGAAAGAUUUCUUAAUCCGGAAACAUUUAAGUGACGUGUUGAUACCAAUCGGCAAAACUAUCAAAACUGAUGCCAUUUUCCGGCGUCGGUCAGUGAACGGUACGUUCGAGAGAGAUAUUAGGUUUGAAGUAAACCUUCCGCCGCGAUUGCUGAAGAAUUUAGACGAUAUUGUGGCGAAUGUUGGUGAUCUGACUGCUUCAUUUAUCUGUGAGAUCGAAGCACUACCACAACCGGCGAUUCAAUGGUUGAAAGAUGGCAAAGAAAUAAUUCCCGCAGAAGCUAACAAAUAUGAGACACAAUGUGAAGGCUUUGUUGUCAAACUGAAUAUAAAGAAUAUUGUUAAAACAGAUUCUGGUAUCUAUUCGAUAAUUGCUACAAACGAGCUAGGCUCUAUUAGGAGUGAAGCCCAACUAUCCAUAAAAGCAGCAAAAGAUAAAAAGAAGAAAAAAGUUAAAAUAGUUCCCGAGGACACUAACAAAGAAGAAACCAAGGAAGCAACAACACAAUUUGAGUUUCACCCUAAACUUGCUGAUAUAAGCGCAAAAGUUGGCGAUUCGGUAUUGCUUUCUGUCGCGAUUAAUUCGCAUCCUGAAUCGGAAGUUCAAUGGUUUAAAAAUGAUAAAGCAAUUGAUAUCAAUAAUCCAAGAUUUAUCAUCAAAAAAGACAAUGGUCUUCAUAAUCUGAAAAUAAUAUCAUGCGAUGUUACCGAUGCAACCAAAUGGAAAGUUAUAGCACGAAAUGCCACUGACCAAUGUGAAAGUGAAUGUAAUAUUAAUGUAGUAGAUAUUACUGAAGAUUUGCCUUCGAAAAUGAUGAGAGAGCCGUUCUUUGUAGUGGUACCGGUACAAGAAUUGGUUGUUGAGGAAAAUAAUGUCCUAAACAUUAUUUGUGAUAUCGAUGGUGAACCUCAACCGGAAGUGACUUGGUUUAAAGAUCAUUCCGUAAUCAAGGAUGAUCGUUUUGUAUUGCAAAAGAAAGGUAUCAACCAUCAGAUUACGAUCUCUUCCGUCCUACUCAGUGAUGAAGGUGUUUAUAGAAUAGAAGCGGAAAAUAGUGGUGGAAAAAUCUUUGCUGAUAUCGCAGUGCAUGUUACUCCCAAACCAAAAUCAGAAGCGGUUAAGGAAAAAGAUGAUCUGUUACAGUUUAGUGUCCAAAUCGGUCAACCAUACGCCACACAACUUACCAAUAAUAGCUUAUUACUGAAAUGGACAGCACCUGAAGAUAGUGAUUCAAUAAUCGAAUAUGUUGUUGAACAGAAAAGACCUGAUGAUCGAAAAUGGACGCAAGUAGGCAAAGGCUUGAAAACGGAGUAUCCAAUAGGCGAUUUACAACCUGGUACUGGAUAUCUAUUCCGUAUUGCUGCCAAAAAUGAGACUGGACAGGCAGCAUAUUCACCGGUAUCAGCAACCAUUAUGACACUUCCAUAUGGCAAGAAACCAGUUUUGAAAAAUAUUCCACCUGCAACAUUGAUACUUAAUGAGAAGGAAGAUAUUGAGCUUAAUAUCGAAUUCGAAGGAGAACCAACACCAUCCGUGAAAUGGUAUCAAAACGGUAUCGAAUUAGUCGAUGGUAAGAACAAUGUGAAAAUAACUACUGUAACCGGUAGAUCAAGCAAAUUAGUUAUCAAGAAGCCGAAAGAAAAUGUCCAUACUGGACUCUACUCAUGUCAUAUCGGAAAUGAAGCUGGUGAGAAUACAUGCGAGAUACAUAUCAUCGGGAAGAAGGAUGGAAUAAAUGCAGAAGAAGUGUACGAUCAGACCAGAAAUGGGCUUCUCGAAGGUCAGCCAGAAAUUUUGGUGCCACUUUCGAAUGAAACUAUUACGGCAGGUCAACAGUUUAUUCUCAGCUGUGAAAUAAAAUUAUCACCGAAAGGAGUCGUUUCGUGGUUUAGAAACGAUGAAAGACUAGCUCCUGUUGGUCGUUAUGAAAUAGUUGAGCAGGAUAAUAUUUGUAAAUUAAUAUGUCAUAAUGCUGAAAUCAGUGACAAUGCAACAUACCGAUGCGUUGCAACGAAUCCGAUCGGAACUGCACAAUCAACGUGUCAGGUAACAGUUAUGGCAUCAGCUCCACAAAUGGCACCCAAAUUUGAAGUACCAUUGAAAGACCAAACAGUUUUAACUAAUAAGGAAGUAAAACUGAAAUGCCGCAUUCUUGGUGAUCCUCAACCUCAGAUUACAUGGACGAAAGACGGCAACAUAAUCAGUUCAACUCGCCAUCAAAAGUUUAAAUUCACUGAGGACGGCUGGUGUUCACUUACAAUUUUCAACUGUACCGCAAAAGAUACUGGUUUCUACCUGUGUACAGCAUCUAAUGUACUCGGUAGUGAGAGUUCCCACCUGAUGCUAACUGUCGCAGAAGUCGCUGGCCCGGAUUCACAUUUGGUGACAGCCGAAAAUAAAGAAAUGCAGUAUUGUAAACCAAGAUUUACUCGUGUACCGGGUGCGGUGGUCGAAACUACAGAAGGGUCUACGGUAAAAUUAAUAAGUCGCGCUGUUGGUUUGCCCAAACCGCUUGUUAAAUGGUUCAAAGACGGAAAAGAGAUUACAAAAGUGAACCGUGCAUAUGAAAUAUUACUAACCGGAGAAGGUGAAUCGGUACUCCUUGUACAGUACGCCAUUACAAAAACAGCUGGUACAUUUAAAUGUGUAGCUGAAAAUUCUGAAGGCUUGACAAGUUUCGAAACACAACUUAUUGUACAUACAAAUCUGAAUAAGCAACAUCGGGAAGAACAAGCACCGAGUUUUACAGUGGAUUUGACAGAUAUUGGUGUUGCAAUUGGGCAUCCUGUUACGCUAAAGUGUUGCGUUAAGGGUAUUCCUGAACCUCAACUUAAGUGGAUCUUUAUCAAUGAUGCACAGCAAACAACCAUAAUGCGUACAACGGCUAAUUCGGCUUGGGCAGAAUAUCGGGAAGGUAAUAGUUGUGAAAUGAAGACGGAAAGUGUGAUGAAAACACAACAAGGCACUUAUCAAUGUGUUGCUAUCAAUGAACAUGGAAGAGCAAUGACUCAAUGCUAUCUAUUAGUUGGAGAACCAUUCGAUCAACCAGCUGGACCACCACGUUUCCUGAAAUGUCUGCGCGAUAUAUGGGCACCACUGGGUAGUGAUACUGAUUUUGAAGUUGAAGUCAGUGGUUAUCCCUUACCGGAAUUAACGUGGUAUCAUGCGGAUGAGAAAGUUCUUGAGGAAAAUGAUACUCAGAUUGUAUACAUUAGUCCAACUAAAUGUCAACUGAAAAUAACAAAUCUAACUGUAUCUUAUCUUGGUACUUAUUCGGUUGAAGCCUCAAAUAUCCACGGUAUCGUGCGAACAACUGCGUCAUUGAAUGUUGGGAGAAAACGUUCUGAAGUGGAGCCACUAAAAUUCUCUGAAGAUUCCGUGAAAAAACUCAAAGCAGAUUUGCAAGAAGAUCAAUCAUCGGAGAAACCAAGACUUCCAAUGCCUGAAAUGGACAGAACUGGAACUCAGUAUCGUCGGAAUGCUCGUCCGGAUAUAAAGCGAAAGGGUUCCGCACCGGCAUUUUUAAUCGGUUUGGAAGAUCUUGAAUUUCGUGAAGGUGACACAGCCGCAUUGGCUGGAACAGUUGCUAGAAAACGGCGACAUCAUAUUCAUGGAAGAUCAGAGGGAAAACGUAUGAAGCAAAUUGUGACAUUAAGAGAUGCGAAGUUUGAAGACGCUUCUGCUUCCAGCAGUUCGAUAGAGCCACAAACCGAAAUUACAACACUGAAAGAAAUUCGAACAUCAAUUGCUGAACGGAAUAAGAAUAUUUGUCGACCAAAAUUCAUGACAAAACCGAAACCGAAGAAAUCAAUUAUCGAGCAUAAAUCACUCAGGUUAAAGACUGCUAUUUCGGCUAAUCCAGUACCAGUUGUACGUUGGGAUAAAGGCGGUAUUGUGUUGGAAACUGGUAAUAAAUAUUCGAUUUACAAUGAUGGCGACUUCUACUAUCUUGAGGUACAUCACAUGUCCAAGAUUGAUGAAGGUUUCUACAAUUGUUCUGCCUCUAACAGUGAAGGUUUUGUGACUUGUACUACCGAAAUUGAAGUGAUGCCGAGUGAUGGUACAAGAAGAUUACGAAAAGGACUGGCUGCACCAUCGUUUAUUGAAGUGUUGCCUGGUAAAUUCAAGGCGACAAACGGCGAGUCAGUAUCAGUGGAGUGUAGCGUAUCAGGUUAUCCAGCUCCAGCAAUCCAAUGGCUUCGAAAUGGUGAUAUACUUCCACCUCAAUAUGACCGUUAUCUGAUAUCAUAUGAUGGUGAGACAACAACACUAAAAUUUGUUAGCAUUGCUGCAUCAGAUACUGGAAAAUAUGUCUGUAUUGCAAAAAAUCAAGAAGGUGAAGCUAAAACAGCAAUGCAACUUGACGUUGAACCGAGAAAGAUAUCUGCAACUAGUGGUACAUCACCGAAAUUCCGUACUGAUAGACGGCGUGAAACAGUUAAAGCAUCAGAUGGUGAUAAAGUGAUUUUGCAUGCUGAACUGGUAGAAGGUUCCGAACCAUUAACGAUACGAUGGAUACGUAACAAAAUGGAAAUUCAGGAUUCCAGUGGAUUUGGAUAUUCACGUGAGGAAGCGAAUUGCUAUUUAACAAUAGCAGAUGCAUUCCCUGAAGAUGCUGGAGUGUAUACGUGUGAAGCAACAAAUGAAUUUGGCGUUGCUAAAUUUAAUAUUCGCCUCGCUAUCACAGGAAAUCGGAAGCCAAGUGGUUAUGAAAAUCCACCAGUUAUUAUGAAUGCACCAACAAGCGUGAAUAUUGAACAAGGAAAUGAUUUGACAUUAUCAGUAAUGGUACGUGGAUAUCCCGAACCGGCAGUUUUAUGGACUAAAAAUAUGGUUUCACUUGCUUCCGGCGAAAAAUAUCAGAUGGCAAACAGUGGCGAAAUGUUUACAUUUACAAUUCGUAAUUGUACCAAUGAAGAUCGUGGUAAAUACGAAUUGCAAGCAGUCAAUCUUUCCGGUACAGCUAAAGCGAUAAUCGCUGUUAAUGUUAUUGAAGCUACAGAUUUGGAUGCUGUUAUGCCAAGAUUCACCAAAUUACCAAUUUCAAUCCAAAGUACAAUCGGUCAGAAAGCGAGUUUGACUUGUAGCUUUAAAGGCUUAUUAUCAACAGUAACAUGGUUUCAUGGUGAUAAGAAAUUAGUAAGUGGACGUCAUGGUAUUGAAAUUUCAUCAACAGCUACAACAUCAACUCUAUCAAUUUUGCAACUGGCUGAUGAACAUUUUGGUGAAUAUCUUUGCGCGAUACGUAAUGAUUAUGGUGAAGAUCUGGCAAAAGCGGUUAUCUUUCUUGAAGGUUCAUCAGUGGCGUUACCUUUGUUAAAUAAUAAUUGA